UGUUCAUAACUAUGCGCAUGCGUAUUUGAAAGAGGCGCGAAAGCGGAAAUGUGUAUGAAUUUGUAAACAAAUACGGUGCUGUCAUGCGGAGGUCCUCCUCUCUGGGACGAUCGUCCACCUCUCACUAUAGCAGUGCUAGCAAGCGAACAUCCUCUGCCUCCAGGUCCUCUGUAGGUGGACGCCCUUCUGUGGGAGGUGCUGGUCCACUAAGGGUGAGAAAUGAGGAUAACUCAAAGAUCACAACCUCCUCUAAGAAAACUAAGCUCACUGGAUAUGGAUAUAGUGGAAGUUCUACUGGUGAUCGGCCAACCAAGACCCCUAACAAAGGGAUGAGGAGAAGCAGUCACAUGGGGGUUCCAAUGGUGAAUGGCAUACCAAAAGAUCCCAGGAAAAUUUCUGACAGAAACUUUCAAGCCAAAUGUGUUGCAAAGCUAGUAGAGUUUUUAUCAGAAAAAGGAUAUCCUCACAAAUUAUCUCCAGAGAUUCUCAAAGCUCCUCCAAGAAAAGAUUUCUUUCAUAUAUUUGAGUUCCUCUACAGUAUGUUAACACCAAGAUACAGGAUAGGGAAAAAACCAGAGGAAGAAAUUCCAAAAAUCUUCAAGGAACUAGGCUAUCCUUUUAUGAUCUCCAAGACGGCCAUGUUUGCUCUUGGUUCACCUCACACUUGGCCCACGAUCCUGGCAGCUCUUGUGUGGAUGGUGGACUUAAUUAAGUUUGGUAUGCAGGUUGGAAUGUCCAUUGAUAGUUACCUCUUCCCACCAAAUGAAGACGAGUUUGAUUCCUUACCAGAAUCACAGAUUUUGUUUGAUUAUGUUGAGAAAACAUAUGCUGCCUACAUGGAGGGGUAUGAUACAUUUGAAGAUUAUGACGAACAUCUUUCUAAUCAUCUAAAUCAAAAACUUUAUGGCAUAAGUGGUGGCCUAGAAAACUUAGAUGAUGAGAAUAAGCGAUUGGAAAAAGAGUUAGAAAGUCUGGAACAAGAAAUCCUAGAGUCUCAGGAAAAACUCAAAAGAAUGCGAGAAGAGGAGGUCAAUGCAAAAGAAAACGAUGAGAAAAUGGUCAAAUACCUGAGUGAACUAGAUGAUUAUGUAGAAAGCCAGGAAAAGAACAUACAGAGUUUGGAUGAAGAGUUAGAAACUCUUGUUGCUGAUUUGAAUAACAUCAAGGCCAAAAAUCAAGAGAAGCAGUUAAUCUUUGAGUCCCAGGAAUUCAGUCCCGAAGAUAUAGAACGAAUUAAGAUCAACAGGAAGGACAUGCUACGUCAGAUUGAUGACGUGGAGGUCAGAGUGGCCAACAUUGACCAGGAGAUCUGGUCAGAGGAGAUGAAGGCAUCUAAAAUGUUAGAAAUGGUGGAAUCCUCUUGUAAUCAGUACAAUGAUUUGGCCCAGCGGUUAAAGCUUCUGCCAUCUACAGCACAAUAUGCUUGUGGUGUGGACUAUGAGUUAUCUCCCUCUUACAGUGCUCGGGAUAAAUUCACUGAAGUUGUCAAGCCUGCUCUGCAUUCCUUGAAAGAACAGUGGGCUGAAAGGAUGCAUGAGAAGUCAAAGGAGCUGAUGGGUGAAAAGGACAUCUAUGAUCAGUGUGUUGCUGAUUGUUUGGAUUUAGAAAAUGAACAGAAAUUAAAAGAGAGCCAGUUAAAGCGAUUAGAAGAAGACAUCGAGUUCAAAAAGCAGGUACACCAAAAAGAGUUCCAAAAACUACAAGAAGAAAAGGAGAGUCUGGAAAAGGAGUUAUCUCAGAUGAAAUUCUCCUCAAAUAAAACAUUAGCCGAUGGACAGAAAGAAUUGAGAGACACUCAGAAAAGUGUGGAGAGCAAAAUAAGAUCAAUGGAAUAUGAUGGACAAUUGUAUGAAACCUUCUUGAAAAAUGCCUUGUCCAAGAUGAUUGACCACAAAGAGAGAAUUGAGGGAGUUCUAGAUCAUAUGACAGAGAGACUGGAGGAGAAAUUGAAAGAGACUGAAAAAUCACAAAGGGAUGAAACAGGAAGUGAAGAAGUCAAGGGAGGAAACAGGAAGUGAAGAAAGACUGAAUCAGUCAGAAGAAAUGAAAACAAAUUAAUCAAAGAUUGAUGCCAAAAAACAGAUUGUUCAGAAGAGAUGGAAGGAUUAUUCUAUAGCUCUAGCUGUUCAUCUGUUCCUGUGUCCUUGUCACACUUGUUAUCUUUUGACCGUUAAGAUUUAGGAACCUGACUUGAAUCAUGUCCUUGCAGUAAAUUUGGAAAUCUUUUCAUCAAUAUAUUUCUGCAAAUUUGGGUUAAAAUGCUGUAUAUUAAUUUACAGUUUCUAAAUUUUGUGAAUUCACAUCAGUGGUAAAUUUUUGGCAGACUGUAGAAAAUCGGUAAUUCUGAAAUGCAGUAUAUUGGAUGGAUGCUGUGGUCGAAUGUUUUCACUCGUUAGUGUUAUUGUCUACUCAUUUAUGUCUGAUGGUAUUUGUACGUGCAAGGAUAAAAUCAUGUACACAAACCUUAAAAUUAUUGAUUAAGAAUAAAUAUAUUCAGGUUCAUUUGAUUUUAAAAGGGUAUUUCAGAUCCAAGUUUCUUUAAAAGAAAUGUUUGAUUCAAGAAUUCAUUUGUAUUUAAUUGACUUUUAUUUCUUUUUGAUUUAUUUUUACAAAAAGUAUUUUUGUGAAAUCAUUGCAUAAAAAUUUCCAGUAAAAAUCCGACAAGAAACUUUGAUAUGUCCCUUUAAAUGUAUCCACUAUCUUUGAUUGAUCAGAAGUUGUGGAUUUUAGUAAGCCUACUGCUUGUUAUAAUAUCCUAAUGAAAUAUUGGUAGUAAUGUUCUGUGUCUUUGAAUUCAUGCAAAAUCAAAUUGCUGUCUAUAUUUUUAAUUACAAUGAUGGGGCUUUUGUAUAAAAUGUUUGUCACGUGACCUUUUGAAACUCCUAGCUCUUUAACUUUUAGCUUGACCUUUUACCUGUAUUUCAAGCAUAUUUCAUACUGUUAACAUGUAUAUCUGCAUGAUGUUUUUAUGUGUAUGUCUUGUCACUAGACUUUUAAAUGAGAAUUAUUGAGCAUACUGAUUUAUGAACUGAAGUAGCUGCUACUUUUUUCUUUUAAAGUUUUGCAAUAUUUUAAAAAUUGAUAGUGCUUUGUUAUUUAGAAUGUAUAAAUUGUUUAUUAGGUAAUAAAUAGACCUAUUUAAAGCACUAGAGCUACAUUUUAAUUAUAUACA